CAAAGCUCAGCUGAAGCCAGGUGCUUGAGCUGCUGCUGCUACGAGUGCCAUGAGUCUGUGAAUGUGUGUAUUUAUCAGAAAUUGUUUUUUUCUACAGAUCCCACAAAUCAGUUAUGCCUCAACUGCACCAGAGUUGAGCGAUGACAGGCGCUAUGAUUUCUUCUCACGGGUGGUUCCUCCAGAUUCCUUCCAAGCACAAGCAAUGGUGGACAUUGUGAAAGCUUUGGGAUGGAAUUAUGUAUCCACUUUGGCAUCUGAAGGGAAUUAUGGAGAAAAAGGAGUCGAGUCCUUCAUGCAAAUUUCCAGAGAGGCAGGGGGGCUCUGCAUCGCCCAGUCCCUGAAGAUCCCCCAGGAGCGCAAGGACAAGAGCAUCGACUUCGACAGGAUCAUCCGGCAGCUGCUGGAGACGCCCAACGCCAGGGCCAUCGUCACCUUCGCCCACGACGAGGACAUCAGGCAGGUCCUGGCAGCUGCCAAGAGGGCAGAUCAGGUGGGCCAUUUCCUGUGGGUGGGCUCGGACACCUGGGGCUCCAAGGUGAGCCCGCUGCUGCAGCAGGAGGACGUGGCCGAGGGAGCCAUCACCAUCCUGCCCAAGAGAGCCACCAUCGAGGGCUUUGACACCUACUUCACCUCCCGCACGCUGGAGAACAACAGGAGGAACGUGUGGUUUGCAGAGUACUGGGAGGAGAACUUCAACUGCAAGCUGACCAUCACUGGCUCCAAGAAGGAGGACACAGACCGGAAAUGCACAGGGCAGGAGCGCAUCGGGAAGGACUCUCCCUACGAGCAGGAGGGCAAGGUGCAGUUUGUGAUCGAUGCCGUGUACGCCAUGGCACACGCCCUGCACCAGAUGAGCCGCGAGCUGUGCGCCGACAGCGCCGGGCUGUGCCCCGAGAUGGAGCAGGCGGGGGGCAAGAGGCUGCUCAAGUACAUCCGCAGCGUCAACUUCAACGGCAGUGCUGGCACCCCAGUGAUGUUCAACAAGAACGGUGACGCCCCGGGGCGCUACGACAUCUUCCAGUUCCACAGCAGCAACACCAGCUCGCCCGGCUACCGCCUCGUGGGCCAGUGGACAGACGACCUGCAGCUCAACAUCGAGGAGAUGCAGUGGGGCGGCGGCGUGCGGGCCGUGCCCCCCUCGGUGUGCAGCCAGCCGUGCCGGCCGGGCGAGAGGAAGAAGAUGGUGAAGGGGAUGCCGUGCUGCUGGCACUGCGAGCUGUGCGACGGGUACCAGUACCAGGCCGACGAGGUGACCUGCCUGCUGUGCUCCUACAACGAGCGCCCCAACGAGAACCGCACCGGCUGCCGCUCCAUCCCCAUCGUCAAGCUGGAGUGGCACUCGCCCUGGGCCGUCAUCCCCGUCUUCCUGGCCAUGCUGGGCAUCGUGGCCACCAUCUUCGUGGUGGCCACCUUCAUCCGCUACAACGACACGCCCAUCGUGCGCGCCUCGGGCCGCGAGCUCAGCUACGUGCUGCUCACCGGCAUCUUCCUCUGCUACAUCAUCACCUUCCUGAUGAUCGCCAAGCCCGACGUGGCCGUCUGCUCCUUCCGCCGCGUCUUCCUGGGGCUGGGCAUGUGCAUCAGCUACGCCGCGCUGCUCACCAAGACCAACCGCAUCUACCGCAUCUUCGAGCAGGGCAAGAAGUCGGUGACGGCGCCGCGGCUCAUCAGCCCCACCUCGCAGCUGGCCAUCGCCUCCAGCCUCAUCUCCGUCCAGCUGCUGGGCGUCUUCGUCUGGUUCGCGGUCGACCCGCCCAACAUCGUCGUGGAUUACGACGAGCAGAAAACCAUGAACCCCGACCAGGCCCGAGGAGUUCUCAAAUGCGACAUUACGGAUCUACAAAUCAUUUGUUCCUUGGGGUAUAGCAUUCUGCUAAUGGUGACGUGCACUGUCUAUGCCAUCAAGACUCGGGGGGUCCCAGAGAAUUUUAAUGAAGCCAAACCCAUUGGAUUCACUAUGUACACUACCUGUAUAGUAUGGCUUGCCUUCAUUCCAAUAUUUUUUGGCACUGCCCAGUCAGCAGAAAAGCUCUACAUCCAGACCACCACGCUGACCAUCUCCAUGAACCUGAGCGCGUCUGUGGCGCUGGGGAUGCUCUACAUGCCCAAGGUUUACAUCAUCAUCUUCCACCCCGAGCUCAACGUGCAGAAGCGCAAGCGCAGCUUCAAGGCCGUGGUGACGGCGGCCACCAUGUCGUCGCGCCUGUCGCACAAGGCCAGCGAGCGGCCCAACGGCGAGGCCAGGACCGAGCUGUGCGAGAGCCUGGACCCCAACAGCCCUGCUGCCAAGAAGAAGUACGUGAGCUACAACAACCUGGUGAUCUAGGCCCGGCUGCCGUGGGGCUGAGCUCGCACACGCGGUCCCGGGAGCGGCAGGGCGCUGCUGGGGGAGCCCCGGCCCCAGGCUGAUCCCUGAUCUGGGAUCCCUCCAUGGGAGAGCCCUGGUUCCAGGCUGAUCCCUGACCUGGAAUCCCUCCAUGGGAGAGCCCUGGCUCCAGGCUGAUCCCUGCUCUGGGAUCCCUCCAUCGGGCACAG